AAUGGUGAUCCCUCAUUCAGUGAUGUGAAUCUGCCCCUGUCAAGGGCGGCACGUCAGUACGCUUCGCACUAAGCUUUGGCUCCGCGUCGUAGGCUUCAAGGCAUCAUCGUUCUUCGGCCCAGCAACGACGUCUAUCUCGGUUCCUUGCACUUGACGACGACGAUCAUGGCCGCCCGCUCGCUGUCUACGGUCUUCUGGCGAGACAACGCAGAUCCAACGUAUGAGGCGCUGCCGCUGGAUUCGGGAGACGUACCGCGACAAUCGCCUCCGUCGCGCGUGUCGCGGACCCCGCUACGGCUGGCCGUCUUGGUAGCAGGCGUCGUGCUGCUCGUCGUGGCUGUAGUCACCGUCGAUCAGCACAUUGCCGCGUUAAGGAACCGGGCGGCGAUGCUGUCGUCAUUCUGGCCCGUGACACAGCCGAAUCGGACGGAUGUAUACGAGGAUGAGAACAGCCGGACGAUGCACAGGCUGAUUGAGUGCGUGGCGGAUGGGACGUGCACGGAGAGGCAGACGCAUGUCGUGAUUCUGGCCAGUUGGCACUUCAGAGGCUCGGUGGAAGGCCAGGUCUCUGGAGAGGAUAUUUGGGCUCGCAGUGUGCUCCUCGCCCUGAAAGAGAUGGGCUACAGCGCCAUUAUCACCGCUGGCACGAACGAAGACCUCAUCCACACCUACCACCUCUUCCCCGACCUCGUCAAAGUCAUCAUCGCCGAGGGCUGGGACAUCGACAUGUGCAACAAGGACCCCUCCUGCGUCCAAUCCGAGUCCAACCCGCUCGGCAUCCCCCUAUGGAAGCUCUUCGCCUUCCACUUCUGGGGCGGGCACGCGCACCCGCUCGGCGGCCCAUGGACGCUCAGCCCAGAGAACUACCCCCUCCUCAUGGGCGGGGAUUCUGUCAACAACACCUACCUCGGCUACAGCAUCGAGCGCGCGUGCGAGAAGCUGCCCGUCGUCGCGCACACGGAACGACCGAAACAAGCUUACAUUCUCGCGAAGCGUCUUUCCUACUUCUACGACCACAAUUUCGCGUGGCGGGACGUCGCGUUCGACGACGCGGGGUCGCCGGCGCGCUUCGUGGCGGGGAUGAUCGAGGACGCGGACGCGGCGGGGAAGAGCGUGCCGGCGGGCGUGGCGAACCACGGGCGGCUGAAUAAGACGGCGUUCUACCUCGAGCUCGCGCGGAGCCGGGUGCUGGUGGGCAUUGGGAGCCCGCUGCUGAGUCCAAGCCCGUACGAUGCGCUGUGCAUGGGCGUGCCGUUCAUCAAUCCGAUCCAGCGCUGGGACCGGGCGCAUCCAGAGAACCGCGAGGCCUGGCUGACGCAGCACGAUGGUCUGAAGUACGAGAAUCCGCCGCAUGUCUAUAAUGUGCAUGCGAAUGAUGUGGCGGGGUUCUGGGCGGCGGUGAAGCAGGCGAUGGAGACGGGGAUUGAGGGGGACAGAUAUAUCGUGUCGAACAUGACGAUGGACGCGCUGAAGACGCGACUCACGAGGAUCAUUGAGACCGACUGGGAAGGCCGCGCGAAAUCUCUGUCGUCGUAGAUUUGCGAGUUUUUCAAGAAGGUAUGUGCAAGUGCUACUUCGAAGGAAGACUUGCCAUGAUUUCCUAGCGGCCUUGGCCAAGUUGUACACGGCCUUCACUUGCGCGACCUCUUGGCUUUCUUGCCUGUAUGUUUGGUUAUCCUCUCGUAGACCAUAUGUAGACCCAUAUAUAUCUGUGCUCACUUUGUU